AUGAGGUCGAUCUUCUCGCGCAACCGCGCGUCAACAACCUCCCCGGGCAACGAUGUCACGCGCACCUCGCAAGAAACAGACGAUGCGACGCUCACCGACUUCCACCGGAUGGCGCACGAGAUGGGCGUCUCGGGCGCCUACGAACGCAAGGUCGCUCUGCUCAAUCGCACCAUCAAGGAGGAAAUCGGUUUCGGUCGCUUUCAGAUCUGGCUCACCUGGCUCGCGGGCUUUGGCUGGUUCGUUGACAACAUCUGGUUCCAGGCGCUCUCCAUGUCGCUGCCUCAGAUCAAGCUCGAGUUCUCCCCGACGCAUGUUCAGUUCGCCACCCUCGCGUUGUAUUUAGGGUUGCUGAUCGGCGCGACCUUCUGGGGGUUUAUGGCCGAUGUGAUUGGCAGGCGGCCAAGUUGGAACAUUACGCUGUUCAUCAGUGCUGUGUUCGGUAUUGCCGUCGGCGGUGCGCCGAACUUUGUUGCUCUGGGAGGGUUGUUGUCGUGCCUGGGGUUGGGACUGGGCGGAAAUCUGCCGGUGGACGGUGCGAUGCUCAUCGAGUUCAUCCCAAGCACGCACCAGUGGAUCCUGACGUUCCUGUCCAUCUUCUGGUGCUUCGGCCAGCUGUUCGCUGCAUUCAUCGGAUGGGCGUUCAUCACCAACUACAGGUGCGAGACUGCAGAUGCCUGCCCCAGGGAGUCCAACGUGGGUUGGAGGUAUACCUGGUUCCUGUUGGGAGCGGUGACGUUCUUGAUGUGGAUUGCAAGGUUCUGGGUCUACCCCAUCCCGGAGAGCCCCAAGUUCCUGAUUGGCAAGGGCAGGGACGAGGAGGCGUUGGAGGUGAUCAGGUUCAUCGCGGCGCAGAACGGCAAGAGCACGACGCUGACGCUGGAGCAGCUCAAAGCGGCGGGCGAAGGACUGACGGUGGCGAUCACCACGGUGGAUGUCAACGAGAAGAAGCUCGCUCGCGAAGACGAUGCCGAGGCCAAGGGUGCUUUCGCUCCACCGACGACCGAGAAGAAGCAGGACGGCACAGCAGCCACCCCGCUUGCCACAUCGACGCACGACUCGGACGGCGUCCCCGCUCCCACCGCAGUCGCUACCACCUUCAAAGGCCGUUUCCUCUCCGUCUCGGAUCUCACCCAGCUUCGUCGCUCUCUCCAAGAAUUCGACACACACCACAUCACCGCGCUCUUCUCCACGCCUCGCAUGGCAUGGAACACGGUCCUCAUCUGCUUCCUGUGGGGUCUCAUCGGGCUCGCCUACCCACUGUACAACGCCUUUAUUGCGCUGUACCUCGCCAACGCCGGCGCCAACCAAGGCGAGACCACCCAAGCGGAACAGUAUCGCGAUCUGGUCAUCAUCGCGGCCUGCGGUAUCCCUGGUUCUUUCGCCGCUGCUGCGCUGAUCGAGCUCCCCGCCACAGGUCGUCGUGGCACCAUGGCCCUUUUCACCUGCCUCACGGGUCUUUUUCUCUUCCUCUUCACCACGGCCCGCACCCCCGCGGCGGUGCUCGGGUGGAACUGCGCCACGUCUCUCACGCAGAACGCCAUGUACGCCGUGCUCUACGCGAUCAGCUACGAAGUCUUCCCCGCGCCGAACAGGGGGACGGGAGAUGGGUUGGCGAUGGCCACGCAGAGAGUGUUCGGCGUGAUCGCGCCUGUGGUGGGCGCUUAUGCGGGUACAACCCCCACAACGCCCAUCUAUGUCAGUGCGAGCUUCUUCAUGGCUGCGGCGGUACUCAUGUUGUUGUUGCCGUACGAGACGAGGGGUCGAGCAGCUUUGUAG